AUGGGUAACGGAAAGCCUAGAGGUCUUAACGCUGCUCGAAAGCUCAGAAUCCACCGACGAGACAACCGAUGGGCUGAUGCCUCUUACAAGAAGCGACUUUUGGGCACUGCCUUCAAGUCCUCUCCCUUCGGAGGUUCCUCUCACGCCAAGGGCAUUGUGCUCGAGAAGAUCGGUGUUGAGGCCAAGCAGCCCAACUCCGGUAUCCGAAAGUGUGUCCGAGUCCAGCUGACCAAGAACGGUAAGCGAGUCUCCGCUUUCGUGCCUAACGAUGGUUGCCUCAACUUCGUCGACGAGAACGACGAGGUCCUGCUCGCCGGUUUCGGUCGAAAGGGUAAGGCUAAGGGAGAUAUCCCCGGUGUCCGAUUCAAGGUUGUCAAGGUCUCCGGUGUCUCUCUCCUUGCUCUCUGGAAGGAGAAGAAGGAGAAGCCUCGAUCUUAG